AUGAGGAUCGCUACGAGAGAAAUCGAAGAGACGAUGAUCGUGACCGCGACCGCGGUCAUCGGAGGAGACACUCUAGAUCUCGGAGUCCUGAUGGAAAGAGAUCGUGAUGCAUACCGUCGCCGAGACCGUUCCUUAGACCGACGCUAUGAUAGCCGAAAGGACGAUGACUAUUACUAUUCCAAAAGAGACAGAGACAGAGACAGAUCACGAGAGCGACGGCGUUCACGAGAUAGGGAUGAUCGUCGCCGAAGCCGAGAACGAGACGGUCCUUCAAGGCGUGAUGACUCACGCGAUAAGGAUCGCCGCUUGAGAGAAGAGUCUACUGAAUCUAGAAAACGGAAGCGUGACGAUAGCUGGGAUCGCGGUUCGAGGCGAGAAUCGGGCAAUGUGUCGAAGGAGGUAUCGAAGCCAUCCACUCCCACACCACAGACGGCCGAAGAACAGAAAGCGGCACGUCUCGCAAAAUUAGAGCAAUGGAAAAAGAAACAAGCUGAAGAACAAGCCAGGAAGCAGAAGGAGCUCGAGGCCGCAGGCGGAGCAAGGAGUAUAUUGCAGGAGAUUGACAGAAAAGCAGGCAUCUUGCCUGCAGUGAGUCCUCCGCAGUCCCCUGCGGCCCCCGGCUCGCCAUCACCCGUUUCAACGCCGUAUGCCGGCAAGUUCGAUCCAAAGGCCAUUGCGAAGAAGGCCCACCAUGCCUCGGCGGCCGCCAAGGUGCUUGGGGGUGAUGUCGCUGCGCCGACCUUGACGAAUGGUCAUGUCAAGAGCUCACAGGCUUCUCCAAAGCCUACCGCAAGUGGUGUCCCUCCUUCAAAAGCACUAAAAGCGACAGGGCCUGUGGGCAAAUUUGGACUCGGCAACAGAACGACAGUGGACAAUGAGGUGGCAAAAAAAGGUCUAGAUUUUGCAGACGAUGAGGAAACCAAAAAGAAACUCGAAAAGCUCCCCAAUAUAGCUUUGGAACAAGAUACGAUUGUUGACGAUGCUCAGCCGGAUGGAGUCGACGAUGGUGAUAAUGAUGUCGACAUGCAGGAAGAAGACGGAGAGGAAGAAGCUGAAGCCAUGGCCGCUGCACGUGCAGCGGCAGAGCAGCGGAGCCAAGCAGAGCGAGGCGAAGAUACCGCCAUGGCCGAUGCAUCUGCUCUUGUACCCACGACUACAACAGUGGAGGAAGAGGAAGAAGUUGAUCCGCUGGAUGCAUUCAUGCAAGAUUUACAACCUGUCCACACUGCCAAGUUCUUCGGUCAGAAGGCAAAAUCCAAGGCACGCCAACAAGAGCCAGAGGCACUUUUUGGAGAUGACGAAGUUGACAUGACGGCGGUCGAUGAUGAACACCCCGACAAUAUCCUGUCACUCGCCAGUGCCACUGCAAAAAAGAAGAAAAAGGACAUCCCGGCCGUCAAUCACGCAAAAAUACAGUAUCAGCCAUUCAGACGUAACUUCUACUCAGAGCCAGUGGAAAUGGCUGACUGGACAGAAGAAGAUGUAGCAAACUUACGAAUGGAGCUCGACAACAUCAAAGUCCGAGGGGUAGAUGUUCCGAAGCCGGUCCAGAAAUGGGCGCAGUGUGGGCUGGGAGUCCAAGUUCUAGAAGUCAUUCAAAAACUGGGCUACGAAGCGCCGACCAGCAUCCAGGCUCAGGCCAUCCCAGCUACUAUGUCUGGUCGCGAUGUCAUAGGUGUGGCGAAAACUGGAUCAGGAAAGACCAUUGCUUUUCUUCUUCCCAUGUUUCGACAUAUCAAGGAUCAACCUCCUCUAGAGCCACUGGACGGACCAAUCAGCCUCAUCUUGAGCCCAACGAGAGAGCUUGCUACACAGAUACACAAAGAGUGUAAGCCAUUUCUCAAAGCUCUCGGCCUAAGAGCAGUCUGUGCCUACGGAGGAGCACCCAUCAAGGACCAAAUUGCUGACUUGAAGCGUGGCGCGGAAAUCGUCGUCUGCACUCCUGGCAGAAUGAUUGAUCUUCUUGCAGCCAACAGCGGGCGGGUGACGAACCUGAAACGUGUCACGUAUGUGGUGCUAGAUGAGGCCGAUCGGAUGUUCGACAUGGGUUUCGAGCCUCAAGUUAUGAAGAUUCUCUCCAACAUUCGACCGGACCGCCAAACCGUCCUCUUCUCGGCGACCUUUCCGCGCCAGAUGGAAGCGCUGGCAAGGAAAACUCUGACCAAGCCUGUCGAGAUUGUCGUUGGUGGCCGCAGUGUUGUUGCGCCAGAGAUUACUCAAAUUGUCGAAGUCCGCGAGGAGAACACCAAGUUUAUUCGGUUGCUUGAACUGCUGGGCAAGCUGUACGAAGACGAGAAGAAUGAAGACGAUCGGGUGCUCAUUUUUGUUGAUCGGCAAGAGGCAGCUGAUGGCCUUCUUCGAGAUUUGAUGAAGAAAGGUUACCCAUGCAUGUCAAUACAUGGUGGAAAGGAUCAAAUCGAUCGGGAUUCAACAAUUGACGACUUCAAGGCUGGUGUUGUGCCCAUCCUCAUAGCGACCUCUGUUGCCGCCCGUGGUCUUGACGUGAAACAGUUGAAGCUGGUGGUUAACUACGACGCGCCGAAUCAUUUGGAAGACUACGUACAUCGUGCUGGACGCACAGGUCGAGCCGGCAACAAAGGGACUGCGGUGACCUUUCUCACCCAAGAACAAGACAGGUAUGCUGUCGACAUUGCCAAGGCUUUGAGGCAGAGUGGUCAACCGGUUCCCGAGGCUGUCCAAAAACUUGUCGACUCCUUCAUGGAGAAGGUUAAAGCCGGCAAAGAGAAAGCUGGUGCGUCUGGGUUUGGUGGCAAAGGUCUUGAACGCCUCGAUCAAGAGCGAGAUGCGGCUAAGGCUCGAGAACGCAAGACAUUCAAGACUGGCGAAGAAGGCGACGAGCAGGAAGAGAAAGAAGAGGGCAAAGAGAUCAAAGUCGGUGACGACCUGUUCGCCAAAGCCGCCUCAAGUGUCAAGGCGUUUGAAGGGGGUGCCAGUCAAGCCGGUGUGCCCAAGGGUAUCGACCUGGACGGCAAAAUCACCGUCCACAAGACCGAGCGUGAACCUGCGGGGAUCAAAACUGGCCCGCAGAACCAGAUGGACAAGGUCGCGGCAGCAGUGGGUGCGAUCAAUGAGAAACUCUCCAAGGCAGGAGUCAUGCGGUCCGGCGUCCCUAUUGACAACAAGGGCCCCGACGCUGGAGCAUUCCACGCGACUUUGGAGAUCAAUGACUUUCCUCAAAAAGCACGAUGGGCCGUCACCAACCGGACGAAUGUGGCCAAGAUCCUGGAAGCGACGGGCACGUCUAUUACCACAAAGGGAUCCUUCUAUCCCGCAGGCAAAGAGCCUGGGCCAGGCGAGAAUCCCAAGUUGUACAUUCUUGUGGAGGGUGACACCGAGGUUGUGGUGCACGACGCCAUGAGAGAGUUGAUGCGAUUGUUGAAGGAGGGCACGAUGAGUGCGGCUGAUGCAGCCGAGAGGACGGGCGGGAGGUAUUCGGUGUUGUAA